AGUGAUGUAAUAUUAAAUUUCUCCAAAUCUGUUCAGAUGAAGAAAAAAAAACUGGAUGGAUUGAGGUUGAGUACAUUUUCAGCAUAUUUUUAUUUCUUGGUGAACUAUCCCUUUAAUUCACACAGAUGCAAAUGUACAUUCUGCCCAGAAUUCUUUGUAGUUUAAAAAUCCAACUGGAAAACAAACAAAAUGUUUGUAAGCCCUCUUUAUCACUUUUUUCUUUCCCUCAGUCUAUUCUUUGACAAGUAACUGGUUGAACUCUGAUUCUCUCAGUGGUUUCUCAAGCACACGGUACAUUAUGCUCCCCUGCUCUCUGCAUGAGGACACAUUAGUCACUCAGUGAGCGCAUAACACUGACAUUUUUUAAUUAGGCUAUUUUUCACACCACAUUAAUUAGCUGCUAGAUUUAACCAAAUGCCAGGCUGGGUGCUGAUAAUCUGGGUGCUGUCUGUGUAUCUGUGUAUUUAUGGCUUGUAGUAUGUUCUCAUAGACUGAACAUUAUGUGCAACUAAGAUGUUUCAGUCACAGUGCAAUUUUCAGCAGAAAGAAAAUGUCUCGAAGCAAAAAACCUUUGUCUAUUGUGAGCUAAGAGGUUUGCAAAUGGGUCUGAAGGGUACCAUGGUUACACAACAUCAUUAAGGACUUUUCUCAUCGUUAUCUGAAAUGAAACUUAAUGGCGUCACUAAAAUGUCUGGUAAGACACAAUUCUUCAUUCAUUCUUUUUUAUAAUCAGCAGCAUUUAACUGUAAUUUUAAUUCUCAAAACCCUCUCAAAAUGAACUUUUAUUCCCUCUACCAGUCUAACACCGACUAAAGGGUAAAGUGUCAAAAUCUCAUAUUACACCACACAGCAGCUGAAAGUGAAAUACUUUUUAAAAUGCCAUCGAUUUUCCAUUGUUGUUACAGGAGUCUUUUGGUUUAGUAGCACCUGAGCAGAUAAAACAGACUCAAGGGAAUCGAUGGCGUCUGGAGAGAAAGGUGGGACAGGAGCAGGUGUCAGCAAGGUUUUGCUUCCAACAGUGUAUGUGGAGCUCAUAGAGUAACCUGUUCCAUUCACAAUGGCUUAGUAUGAUUUUUCAAAACAAGAAGCAAGUAUUUGGUAAAUGAAAAUGCAUUGGGUUGUUGGUACCUGGUUAAUCACAUCUCUUCUUGGCCUUGGAAUGGGGCACAACACUUUAUUUGAAGGAUAUGACCGGACUCUGUCAGGCAACCAUCUGAAUAAUACUAAUUAUUCUUCAUAAAACAACCAUAUCACCUACCAAACAACCUACACACACACAAAACAAAGUGGUGGCUGGCUGCCAUGGACAAUGUGUGAUGUCACAGUUUAUAAAACAGAAUACCGAACACAAGUGUUGUACAUGCCCAAACAGGUCAUGAAAUGUUGCCAUGGAUAUGAACAAGUUGGGAGUUACUGUGCCUUGUCCUUGAACAGAAGUGCAGAAUUCACAUCCAAGCCAGGAAUGUGUCCCCCAACAAGAGCGACAGGGUCUCUGUGUAAUAAUUCAAACUCCUCUGGCUCUGUGUGCAACUGGGACAUUGAUUGUCCUCAGUGGCAAAAAUGCUGUCUGAUCGAAAACACCUCCCCUAUCUCUCAGUGCUCAGACCCAGUACCAUCAGUCAACAGAACCUGGUGCUUCAAUGUGACAAUAACAGUUAAGACAACCUAUGAGCUAGUUACCAUGAACAAAGGGCUCUUCAACCACACCAGACUGCUACACUCUGUGGUAACUGGUGCUCUGGGAAUUGAUCAAAUUUCUGUGCAUCAUAUCUGGUCAAAUUCAGCAGGGCCCUUCACAACCUCUUCUUCACUGCUGGUUUGUUCUUCUAAAGUUAUCUUACUAGAAGACAUCUCUACAAAACUGUAUCUGCUGGGAAUCAUUGAGGAGGUGACUAAUUUGGUGGUGCAAGAUGUGGAUGAAUGCACAGCUCCGCAGCUGAACAGUUGUUCUCCACAUGCAAACUGCACAAAUACAGUAGGGUCUUAUACAUGCGCUUGCCCUCCUGGGUAUCACGACCUCAGUCCUUCACAGCCAGGAACAGUUUGCUUGGCCCCCAGUGUCACUACACAACCUCCACCACCAACCACCACCACCACCACCCCAUCCUCGACUAUUCACUCUCUACCAUCACCAACCACCACCACCACCCCAUCCUGGACUACUCACUCUCUACCACCACCAACCACCACCACCACCACCCCUACCACUCUCAACCAUCCAACCACCACUACCACCACUCUCUCACCACCCACCAAACCAACCACCACCACCCCAUCCUGGACUACUCACUCUCUACCACCACCAACCACCACCACCCCAUCCUGGACUACUCACUCUCUACCACCACCAACCACCACCACCACCACCCCAUCCUGGACUAUUCACUCUCAACCAGAUAAUAAAACUGAUGGAGGACAAACAAGUACCUUCUCAACAUCCACUGCUGAAACCUCUUCCUUCGGCCAAACAUCUUCUACAUGUGACUACACACCUGAGAUCAUCAGCAUCCUCUCUUAUAAUGUCACUGCAUCAUCCUUCCAUGUGGCAUGGACCACCAACAUCCAGACCGAGGUCAUCUUCCACCUGGUUCUGCUAAACGGAAGCAAUGAGAUACAAAACUGUACAGUGAAAAGCUAUAAUUGGACAUUCAUAGACCUGAGUCCUGUGGUUCUUCAUACUGUACGUGUCACUCCAGUUGUCUGUGGUAAACAGGGAAACCCCACAGAGAUCAAAGUGAGAACAGAUGGACAGUCUCUUGGAGCUACAGCCCGCUUGAAAGGUGUGAAUUAUACAGAGGCCUUGAAAGACCCAACCAGUGAUGAAUAUAAGAAGUUCUGUGACAAUGUCAUAAAUGAGAUUCUUUUGUACUUGUCUCUAGAGACACGUGCACUAGUCAUCUCUGGACAGGUCAUCAUCCAGAUAACAUCCCUCUCAUCCGGCAGUGUAAUCGUGAACUUUUCCUUCAUAUUUCAACCCGGCUUGAACAUAUCAAGCGUGUCCAGUGCUCUAAUGGGGUCUCUUCAGAACAGCUCCAUAUAUGUAGUAGACAGUAACAGUAUAUACAUAGCAGAUCCAGAUGAGUGUUUUCUGGAUAAGGCGGACUGCUCUCCAUGGGCUUACUGUAAUAACACUUUUGGGUCAUACAUCUGUGGCUGUUGGUCUGGAUACACAGACUUGAACCCCAGUAGACCAGGGCGCAGCUGUGCAGCUUCACCUACAACAGUGACCAUUCAUCCCACCACAAACUAUCCUGGAGAACCUUCAGAUUCCAUGGGCACUACAACAUCUUCCACCACCAUGUUUGGAAACCAAACUAUGAGCAGUACAGCGAGCACAACUCAUCUUCAGCACAAUACAACAACGUCUUCAACUUCCACAGCUACUAACGAACCAACAACAGUGACGACCAACAGUCCUACAACAACACUUGCACCUACGACACAGAACUCUGUCAAAACUACAACUUCCAGUCAUCAGAGAUCAAACAAUCCACCACAUUUGAUCUCCAGUGUAGCUGUUGAGUGCAUCCCGGGGUAUGUAACAAUCGUUUUAAGGCAAGACGUCUUGCACAACCAUUACAUCCAAGAGAAUUCCCUGUACCUCGGUAAACCAGAAUGUGGUCUCAGUGGGGGAAAUACAUCCCAUGUAUGGCUCACUACAUCUUGGGAGAAUUGUGAUACUAAACUAACGCACAAUGGCACCCAUAAUUUAGCUAAUGUGACUCUAUAUAACAGUGUGAGCAACGUUUCUUCUGUGCGUCUGGAAAUUCCUGUCAUUUGCUCUUACCCCAGAGGCAUCCUCAUCUCCACGGGAUACGCCCCCUCAGGGUAUUUUGAUAUGAUCAAUGACCCAGUGGCAGGAUCGGGUAGUUUCCAGGUUACUGUGCGGCUGCUGAAUGGGACGAUUCCUUUACCUGACAAUUACACACUCUCCCCUGAUGAUGAAAUCAUUGUAGAGGUUGGGGUCAACACUACUAUCUCCCAAAUUAAAGUUGUCAUCGACAAGUGCUGGGCCACUUCCAGCAGCGACUCAUCAGAGUAUCCCUACUAUUUGUUUCAGGAUAGUGGGUGUUUGGUGACAAACCCAUACACAACUGUUCUUCAGAACGGAAACGACACUGUGGCUUUGCUAUCAGUGCGGAUAUUCAAAGUUGUAAAUCUCUACGUCAUCUACCUGCACUGCCAGAUCCAGAUCUGUGUUGAAAUUCAGGACGGCACCUGCAGACCUGCUUGUACGAAGACAUCCAGGUCUUCUAACGUAGCUGGAGUGACAAAGGCUUCAGUUGGACCCAUAAAGAGAAUACGUCCAAUCCAAACAGAUACAUCAAAUACUCUGCAGACUGUUGGAUUUAUUCUGCUCGGUGUUGGUGUGUUUCUGUUUUCUCUGGCUGCCAUUGCAGGAUUGGUGUAUCAUAAAAGGAAAAUCGGCAACUACAACUUCCGCUGUAAACCACAGGAGCAGAACUUCACCUAUCAUGUUUUUGACACGUAACUGCACACAAAUAGUUAACUGUAGUUGUAAACUGAUCGUUUUAUUAUUGGAUAUUACUAAUAGGCACAGUAUAUAGAAAAUUAAAUUAAUGGUUUCGAUAAAUGGAAUUAAUGGAUUUGACUCUAUUUUUGUAGAAAAACAAUCUACUAUGAAAGUUAUUCUUCAUUCUUCAAAACCAGUCAUAAUUCGCACUGGUAUAUUUAUAGCAAUAGCCAAAAAUACAUUGUAUGGGUCAAAAUGAUCGAUUUUUCUUUUAUGC